CGCUAAGCGCUGAACGUAACGUAAUCGCUAUCGGUGGAACGUCUGUUCAGUGUUCUGAUUUGUAAUUCUUCUCUGAAUCGCUUAAAGUUAGAUAUGAAAUUGUUUUCGUCAUCUAAAAACUGUGCUGUUCAAUUACGCUAGUGUUCAUUGUUAUGCCGAAGUGUAUUGAUUGCAAUUAGAGGUGGUUAAAGUGCAGUGGUACCCAUUCGAGAUUGGAGGCCUUCGCUGUGAUAAUCGUCCGUUGUUUUAGUGAGAACGGAAUACUGAGCCACAGAAAUGCAAGCGAUCAAGUGUGUCGUCGUAGGUGACGGUGCCGUCGGUAAAACAUGCCUGCUCAUCAGUUACACGACAAAUGCCUUCCCCGGGGAGUACAUACCAACAGUAUUUGACAAUUACUCCGCAAAUGUCAUGGUGGAUGGAAAGCCGAUCAACCUGGGUCUAUGGGAUACAGCGGGUCAGGAGGACUACGACAGACUGCGACCGCUCUCCUACCCACAAACUGAUGUGUUCCUCAUAUGCUUCUCACUCGUCAACCCGGCGUCUUUCGAGAAUGUUCGUGCGAAGUGGUACCCAGAAGUACGACAUCACUGCCCCUCAACGCCAAUCAUCCUCGUGGGGACGAAGCUUGAUCUCCGCGAAGACAAGGACACCAUUGAGAAGCUCAAGGAUAAAAAACUUGCCCCCAUUACUUAUCCACAGGGUCUGGGAAUGGCGAAGGAGAUCGGAGCGGUGAAGUACCUCGAGUGUUCCGCUCUGACGCAGAAGGGUCUCAAGACGGUGUUCGACGAGGCGAUCCGCGCCGUGCUGUGCCCUGUGCAGCCCGUCAAGGUCAAGCGGAAGUGCGUUCUACUGUAAGGGUUGCGACGCUGAGAUAGUGCAGAUGCGUGUCGUACAUUGCCAGUGUAAACAGCAUAGUUAUCUAUCAUAGAGCGACAAACGAUCCGU